GGUAGUUCCAGAGUUUUCCGAUUUGCGUUACAUUGAGACAUUCGGACCGUGUGGGACCCUUUAAUGAAGUGUCACUGUGGAUUCGAUUUCGAGAUUUCCACCACGAGGCUUUGUCGUCGUUGAUUGCGAAAUUAUAAACAAGAAACAGUUAUGUGUCUGUCUCUGAAAGUUGUCUGAAUUUGAGAAAAAAAAAAGUCUCAUUCUUUGUUUUAGAGAGAAAGCAAUGGAUCUUGUGAUUGGUGGGAAAUUCAAACUUGGCAGAAAAAUUGGCAGUGGAUCCUUUGGAGAGCUUUAUCUUGGUGUAAAUGUUCAAACAGGAGAAGAAGUUGCUGUUAAGCUGGAAUCUGUCAAGACCAAGCAUCCUCAGCUACACUAUGAGUCCAAAUUGUAUAUGUUGCUUCAAGGAGGAAGUGGUAUUCCUAACAUCAAGUGGUAUGGAGUUGAUGGAGAAUACAAUGUUAUGGUUAUUGAUCUCUUAGGUCCAAGUCUUGAAGACUUGUUCAACUACUGCAACAGAAAACUCUCUUUGAAAACCGUUCUCAUGCUUGCUGAUCAACUUAUUAACAGAGUCGAGUAUAUGCACACUAGAGGCUUCCUUCACCGUGAUAUUAAGCCUGACAACUUCUUGAUGGGCCUCGGCCGCAAAGCAAACCAGGUUUAUAUAAUUGAUUUUGGAUUGGGGAAGAAAUACAGAGACCUUCAGACACACAGGCACAUUCCUUACAGAGAAAACAAAAACCUCACUGGAACAGCUCGGUAUGCAAGUGUCAACACACACCUUGGAGUAGAACAAAGUCGAAGGGACGAUAUGGAAGCAGUUGGUUAUGUGCUUAUCUACUUCCUCAAAGGGAGCUUACCAUGGCAGGGGUUAAAAGCUGGGACAAGGAAGCAGAAGUAUGACAGAAUAAGUGAGAAGAAAGUCUCAACUCCUAUAGAGAACAGGUUCUGUGUAGAAACCAACCGUCUGAGUUUGUUUCUUACUUCAGUUACUGCCGGUCUCUACGGUUUGAUGACAAACCUGAUUACUCUUACCUCAAGAGGCUAUUCAGAGACUUGUUUAUUAGAGAAGGGUUAUCAGUUUGAUUAUGUGUUUGACUGGACUGUCUUGAAGCAUCCGCAAACUGGUUCCAGCUCCAGUUCUAGCUCAAGAACUCGGGAUCAUACUACAAAUGUAAAACCGGAGUUAACCGCUGGAAAACAGGAGAGAACUGCUGGCAAUAGGUUAUCAGGAGCGGUUGAAGCUUUCUCAAGAAGGCAUGUGACACCACGUGAUCGCUCUGCAUCAAGAAACUCUGAUGAUGUGCCUGUUGGUGGUGAAUCAGAAAGAAGAGGCAGUUCGUCGAGAAACGGAAGCUCUUCAAGGAGAGCAAUCGCUUCGAGCUCACGUCCAAGUUCAGCCGGUGGACCGAGUGAUAGCAGAUCCUCUAGCCGUUUGGUGACUUCAAGCGGAGGUGGUGGAAUGGGAUCAACGAGUCAGAGAAUGGGACCAGGAGGAUAUGAAUCAAAGAAGAGUUCGACUCUUUCCCGUGGUGCUAGGAACACUCGAGGAGAUCCGUUAAGGAGGAGCUUCGAGCUUCUCUCCCUUCGGAAGUCGUGAGAACUUUUAAAGAAAGAGAUUUAUACAAACGAACCAAGUAAACAGAAAACAAAUGUAAGAGAAGAUAUGUUUAAUAUAUAUAUAUAUAUAAGAUAUACAGUAAAAACGAUUCAUAUACUUUAAAACAGUUGUUGUGGUUAUGUAUGAUGUAAAACACUUUUGGGUUGGCACAGAGCUCAGGGGCUAUGUAUAGAAUGAAAAUUUAUGAAUCAAGGAAGUAGAA